AUGCAUCAUCUGUUCGGGCUGGUUUUGGCACAAAAAGACCUUUCACGUGCAGGGGACCUUUUCUCCUUGGAGGAUGCCGAAAUCGAAGGAAGCCUCUCUGAAGCUCUUGAACAAAUAAGAAUAAUUAGUUCAACUGCGGACUACCAGACCAACGACAACGACCAGGCUGUGGUGGAAAUCUGCAUCACGCGCAUCACCACCGCCAUCAGGGAGACAGCGUCCAUUGAAAAGCACGGCAGAGCCCUCGUGGCUCUCUGGGAGUCGUGCCUAGAGCACAACCUGCAGCCCUCUGGAAAAGAUGAGGACACGCCGCAUGCCAAAAUCGCGUCCGACAUCAUGAGCUGUAUCUUGCAGAAUUACAAUCGACCUCCAGUAAUGGCCUUGGCUGUCCCAGUGGCGGUGAAAUUUCUUCAGAGGGGCAACAAGGAACUGUGCAGAAACAUGUCGAGUUAUCUCUCCUUGGCUGCAAUUGCUAAAGCAGAUUUGCUGGCUGAUCACGCUGACACCAUUGUCAAAAGUGUCCUUCAAGGGAACUCGCUGCUGCUGCGCGUCCUGCCUGCUCUCUACGAGAAGCAACCGCAGCCGAUAAACCAACACCUGAGGGACCUGAUGGCCCUGAUGGCUCAGCUGGACCAAGCCGAGCAACGCCACCUCCUCGGGCUCUUCCAGAUUGUGGCUAAGAAAAAAGAACUUGGGGUGCUGAAAGAAUUUCUAUUUGGACACUUAAGAGACCCCAACCAUAGUGACAGUAUCCUAAACAUUCUUCUAGAAAUAUCCAGCUACGAACCAGCAGCCUUAGCCACUUUCCUUCCGGCGCUGAAAGAAAUUGGUGAGAGUUUUCCAAGUCUGAUUGGGCAAACAGCAAAGAUCUUUGGAGCUGUUGGACAUAUCGAUGAGGAGCGAGCCCGAGUAUGCCUGAUGUAUUUGGUGAACCAGCUGGCCAACAUGGAGCACUCGUUCCACCAUAUUCUUUUGCUGGAAAUUAAGAGUCUCACCGACACUUUCUCGAGUAUCUUGGGCACCCAGAGCCGAGACAUCUACCGCAUGAGCAACAGUUUUACUGCCAUAGCCAAGCUCCUCGGCCGACAGCUGGAGAAUGACAACAUGUCCGGAGCCAGGGUGGAAAAUGAUGCUGAAGCAGAGUCUCCUGUCCUGCUGGAUAAUUUAAAAUCUGUUGUGAAUGGGAAUGAAGAUGACGAAAAGCUUCAAGUUAAAAUACAGGCUUUUGAAGAGAAAAUAAACGUUGACAACAGUACUCCUGGCUCAGUGCGGAGAUACAGUUUAGGCCAGGUUUCUAAAGAGGAAAGGAAGGAUAUGAGAUUUAACAGGUCCAAAAGCCUUGCUUUGCACGCGGUCCGCAUGAAGGGAGUCAACUCAGAGAGUGGACAGGACGAGGAGAAUGGGGAGAUAACAGCUGACAUCUCCUUCACCGAGAUCUACAUCAGCCAAGAAAAUGACAAAUCACCUUUUGGUGUCGAUACUGAAACAAGGCAGCUGGGAAAUUCUUUGGUUUCGCACCAAAGUAUUGAUUACCCGAAAUCGGCAAAUUUGCCAGAAUCCACCAAAGAAAAAGCCCUCGAAGGACACGCGGAGGCAGCGACGAGCCCUGUGGAAUACCAGGACAAGCUCUACUUGCACUUGAAGGAAAACCUGGGUAAAGUGAAAGCAUACGUCACCGAGAUGGGGCGGAAAAUUCCUAUCCCUGAUCAGUGUGUUAUUGAAGAUACUGUUAGAAGCUGUGUGGCAAAGCUGUUCUUCAGCUGUGCCCUGAAGGGCCAUUACUGCCUGUACAGCAAAUCCAGCUUCACCCUCACCAGCCAGCAGCCGCCUCUGUGGAUCCACAUCAUGUUUCUCUUCCAGCAG